CUUCGUGGGAAGCGCGGCGCCGGUAGAUGGCAGCACCGAGUGGAGCGUUAAGGCAAGAUGGCGACAGGCGCGCAUGCGCGAGGCGGAUCACCCCUCGCGCGCCUUCUACUCUUGGCCAUCCUACAUGUCAACUUCAUUGCUUUAGGUCUGGAGCCGGACUUCCUGUAUCCGCUGGAGAACGUGACAAUAGCUCAGGGUCGGGACGCGAUGUUCACCUGCGUGGUCAAUAACCUCGGUGGUUACAGGGUGAGUGGCGACUCCGCCACUGCCAGGGUGGCAUGGAUAAAAGCGGACACGAAGGCGAUCCUGGCAAUCCAUGAGCACGUGAUCACGAACAACGCUCGGCUGAGCGUCACCCACAACGACUACAACACGUGGACGCUCAACAUCCGAGGGGUGAAGCGGGAGGACCGGGGACAAUACAUGUGCCAAGUUAACACUGACCCUAUGAAGAUGCAGACGGCAUUUCUAGAGGUCGUCAUUCCCCCAGACAUCAUCUAUGAAGAGACGUCAGGAGACAUGAUGGUACCAGAGGGGGGUUCAGCUAAACUGGUCUGUAAGGCGAGAGGGUACCCUCCGCCCAAGAUCGUGUGGCGCAGAGAAGACGGAGGAGAUAUUAUAUCAAGAGGUGGUCCCCAGGGGAAGACUAAAGUGACGUCACUGGAGGGCGAGGUGGUCAACCUGACGAAGGUGACGCGCUCGGAGAUGGGCGCGUACCUCUGCAUCGCCGCCAAUGGUGUACCGCCAUCAGUCAGCAAGAGGAUCAUGCUGCAUGUGCAUUUUCACCCACUGGUGCAGGUGCCAAACCAGCUGGUGGGCGCGCCAACUGGCACUGACGUCACGCUGCAGUGCCACGUCGAAGCCUCGCCCAAGGCCAUCAACUACUGGACCAGGGAGAAUGGCGAGAUGAUAAUAUCCAACGACAAGUACCAAAUGAGCGAGAUCAACAGCUCAGCGUACAGCGUACAGAUGCGCCUGAUUGUGCGCAAUAUCAACCGCAACGACCUCGGCGGGUACAAGUGCAUCUCCAAGAACUCUAUAGGCGACGCUGAAGGGAACAUUAGGUUGUACGAAAUGGAGCUACCAUAUCGCAAGUCCAGAGACGAGGAUGAGCGCGAGAACUCGGUGGAGGAGACCAACGACGUGCGGUCCAGCUUGCAGGGGCCACUGAGGGAAGGAGGGCCUCGCACUGAGGACGCGGGCUUCCUCGGAGGAGGGGGGCCUCCUCCUGCCGCCGCGCCCCGCCUCGCUUCUCCAAUCUUUUUAAUAUCAGCCAUAUCAGCUACAGUCUACGCAUGCUAAACUUCUCCCGUGAAGCCAUGCACAAAGUAAAGACACCCUUAACUAAAAGUAAAGCGCGAUAUAUCUCGCAUUUAUUGUUCUUUUAAGUUUAAGACACGAUUUUCUCAUUUCCGCGAGUUUCCACGUGAGUGUACUCAACGCUAGAGUAUGACAUGACAACGGGGUACGUUUCCAUUAGACUCUCGCGUCAAUACCUAAUUUCUUUAACAAUCCUCGUGUCUUAAAUUUCUGCAUGGCGACAUAUUGUGCAAUAUGGUAUUGAACUGUUUAUGAAUCGGACAAUUGCGUGUUUUUAUCGCCAGACUAACAUAGAUUUAUCAUAGUUAUGGUGAUCAGAUAAUUUAGAAUUAUUAAUUGUGACGGUACGUAAUAGAUCCUAAUCAUAGUAAGUAUUUAUUGAACAAUCCAGCUUGUAUUACAAUGUAAAUGCUAAGGUAAUACAACAGAUGAAAAUAUCUAAGUACAUAAUAUUCUGUACUUUGUGUUUUUGGAAAGCAUUUUUAUUUAAACAUUCACUAUAUCGUGUAUGUAUCUUUGUUUGAUAAAGUUAUUUUAAGUAAGUGAUGUAUUGUCGUAUAAUUGUAU